AUGCAUACCAUGACAAUUCCCCUCUUCGGCUGGCCGAAGGACGAAUUUGGCCGCUGCAAUCUUCUGCUGCCGCCGCCUCCUCAUUUUGGGCCAGCCCCAUUUGAGGCACCAGCGUCCCGGAAGCUGGCCAAGGCUAUGCUGAACAUCGUGGCCCUGGCGCUGUCGACCUACUGCGGCAUCGCAGGCUUGGUCUUUCUUCCAGCGUUUCUGGUCGUGAACCCUGCAGUCUGUGUCCUGAUGGGCGUGUUGGUGAGUCUCAGCCGCAUCACCCACCUGAGCGUGUUAUCUCAGCUCCAGGAUGGCAGCGAGAGCCAGCUAAUCCUGAAGAAACAGGGGAUGUGGCCAAGCCUGGCGGCUUGGCAUCGCAGCCCGAAGCUACGACUGCGAGCAAGAUCAAGCUCGAUGGCCUUCGCGAGUGCGUUUCAGUCUUGUGUGAUGUUCUGCUUGCGCUCUUUGCAAGCUUUGCCUGCUUUGUCUUGGAUGUGA